GAACUGAUAUAAGAUAGUCAAGGAUGGACUACAACUCCAGACUUAGACCACAAUGUACUCCGGUACGCUUACUUCUCGCUAUUAUUCCGACCCAUGUUGCUCAAUGCCAACCAUGUCAGAUACGAUGUGUGAUACAACUUAUCAUUUCGGCAACCUCCAGCAGCAUGUGCCAACAGAAAGCUACCCCAACCAAAUCGGGGAGACGGACUCACUCAUGCAAACACUUCAGGAGAAUCCCGAUUACUUUGAUUCUUCGGCAUUUUACAUUCCGCCACCGUCGAUAACGUUUCGAGGAAGUUACGAAAAUAGUUACGGAAUGCCACAGACACAGCAGCAGUUUGGUAAUGUCUACUAUGAGCCAAGUCCCCCAAUUCAAACACCGCAUGCGAGUCCGGAACCUCCACCUAAUGCCGUGAAUGGACAAUUCGAAGAAUGUUCAUUAGCUACACAACUACCGGUGCUAAACAGCUUCGAUGGCACCUAUACCACAGCCGAACCCUCACC